UGCUCCGCGGGCUCGAGCAUGUUAACGAGCGACGUAAACAUGAGUUUCGUUGCAAGAUUGUUAAAAUUUUUGCCUGAACCGUCUUUCUUCAGAGAAAAUAAAUCAAUUAAAAUAAAACGGCUUUAUUGUGAUGUGAUAGAAGGUGCGUUAAAGCCUCUGCGGAAUGGAAGCUGCAGUGAAGUCGAUUCAAUUUGUGCUAAACGAACUCUCGUUCGGAUUGGAGUUGUGUACGACCUGGUGUACGCUUGUUUACACACCGGCGAAUGGCAUGCCGUUCCUCGCGAAGAAAGGGAGGUAUUCACCAUCGUUUGCUAUCUGCGGAUAAUUUAUAUGCUCAUUCAUUCCGCCGACUCAUUUGAAAAUGUUGGUAAUGCUAUUUUCAUAGCUGACAUCGGUAUAAUGCUCGGGUGUAAAGUUAAAAUUGAUAUUGAUGGCAAUGAAUGUGAUUUAUUAACCCAAGUAGCAUCAGUUCUUUCGGAAGGUAGAGACAAUCUGAAAGAUGCGCCGCCACUCAAAAAACUAAAGAUCGAUUCCGAUUGUUCUGCGGCAGAUAACUGCGAUGUUCCUGUUGUUUUUCAGCCCUCCGUGGAGUAUUUUGGCUCGGAGCACUACGAUAAACGGGAACCCCUAUUGCUCCGGGGUAUCAUCGAUGACUGGCCUGCGAUGCAAAAGUGGCACGACCCCAACUACCUUGUUGGGCUGGCAGGUGAACGAACUGUCCCGGUGGAGAUAGGCUCCCAGUACAGCAGCGAGGAUUGGUCCCAGCGGUUGGUUCGGUUUAAAGAUUUUAUCGUUGACAAUUUGAAUCCCGAAGGCAAGGAUGAUGACUCCGACAACGAGAACCGCCGCGCCUAUCUAGCGCAGCAUGAGUUGUUUGACCAAAUUCCAGAAUUGAGGAAGGACAUCCAUGUGCCGGAUUACAUCGGGAGAACAGAUGUAAAUCCACGGAUCAAAGCAUGGUUGGGUCCGAAGGGAACCAUCUCUCCGCUGCACACCGAUCCGAGCCACAAUCUGCUGUGCCAGGUAUUCGGAAGUAAAACAAUUAUUUUGGCUUCUCCUGAGGACACUCCGAAUCUGUACCCACACGAACAUUUCAUCCUAGCCAACACCUCCCGGUUGGACAUGAAGAACAUAGACUACGACCAAUUUCCGCUGGUUCGGGCGGUCAGACUGCGUCGGCUGGAGCUUCGCCGUGGUGAGGUUCUGUACAUCCCUCCAGGAUGGUGGCACUACGUGGAAUCUUUGGCGCCAAGUUUUUCGGUAAGCUUUUGGUUUGAGUAAGUAUAGUACAAACAACACAGGUUGUAUUUAGGUAAUAUAUGUAUGAAAUCUACGGUUACUACCAUCGACUCGACACCAGCUGUUGAAGGGCGGUUGAGAGCGCUUAAA